GUCUUUUGAGGAUAUAUGUUUUGCCUAUUUUGCCUUGCGUGUCUCAUCAUGUGGUGCUCACCAGCACUUCUAUUGAUGCCCAAUGAUGUAGCUGAAACUUUUGUCCCAGGGACGGUCCGAGAUCGCCUGCAGAGUAUGCUGAUUCCCAAUAUAAUUGGAUCUCAGAGAAUCUGCGCUACUGCCGUGUGCCAACUGGCGAGCAUUUUACCGUGCCUCUCGGAAGGGAUUGGUCAUGGACAGCAGGCUGCAGAACUGUUAUGAGAUCACUAGCAC